UCCGGGCGGGCGUCGAGGAUGCGGCUGCUGCCGGUGGCCCUGUCCCUGUCCCUGCUCCUGAGCAGCUUGGUGCCAGGGGGCGGUCUGUCACUGGAGAGCCUGCUGACCAACAUGAGGUGCAAGUGCAUCAAAUCGACCACCCAGGUGAUCAGCCCGGGGCUGAUCCUUGCCAUCGAUGUCACACCGCCGGGCAUUCAGUGCAGGAGGAAGGAGAUCGUCCUCACCCUGAAGAAAAGCAAGAAGGUGUGUGUGGCCCCCGAGGCAGCCUGGAUCCAGGUGCUCAUCCACAAGCUGACUCAGAGGAACUCCACCAAAAAAGCAGCGGCGCGGGUGCGGCGGGAGGUGGAGCGAUGGGCCCAGGGAGAGGAGAGGAGGAGGAGGAAACCCCUGGGCAGCCCCCCUGCCCCAUCUCCCCUUCUGCCCAAGGGGGGUAAGAAUAAAUCACCUCCCUCUGGUUCCUCUGGGGGACCAGCUGGAGCCUGA